UAUUUUUGCAUUAAAGCAUUUAAGCUCCUGAUUUUGUUACUUAUCUUGGAACAUUGUACUUCAGCCCCAGUGGUUUUCGUAAUCUGCUACAAACCAGUUGAUGAGUCGAACGAAUAGAACGACCGAUCGUGCAGGAUCCAGAUCAUUUGGAUUGGUGGAUACGUAUCCGUAUAUGUUUGUGAAGAUUGGCUUCAUUUUAUCUUGUAAAUCGCUUGGCUUGCUGGUUGAGAAACGAUGGUUGAUACAACGACAAUGGCGACCACUGAGAUGUUGAACGUUACAGAAACAGAACCAUCUUUAAUGCACGAACAUAAAGAGUUUAUGUACUUUGCUGCCUUUUGCAUUAUCGUAUCGAUUAUUGUUGGCUUGAGCGGUAACCUAUUGACCAUCGUGGCACUAGUACAGUGUCCAAGAGUACGCAGUGCCCCAGUUGCUUUCAUCAUUAGCCUCUGCAUUGCUGAUUUUUUGUUCUGUGCUUUGAGCUUACCAUUCAGUGCUUCUGGAUUUAUCCACCAGAGAUGGAUCCAUGGUGACGUCCUGUGCGUCAUAUUCCCCUUCAUGCGGUAUGUCAAUGUCGGGUUGUCCCUGCUGUCCAUCACGGCGAUCACCAUUAAUCGUUAUGUCCUUAUCGCCCACCAGAAUCUCUAUGAAAAGAUCUACCGUAAACGUUACAUAUCACUCAUGAUUGCCGCAGUUUGGCUGUUCUCCUUCGCUAUGUUGUUACCUACACUAAUAGGCGCAUGGGGGCGCUUUGGCUACGACAAGAAGAUUCUAAGCUGUUCCAUCCUGAAAGUAAACGGCCGAUCUUCAAAGACAUUCUUGUUCAUCUUUGGUUUCCUCAUCCCCUGUAUCACCAUCAUCGUUUGUUAUGCCCGUAUUUUCUGGGUGAUAAAAAGGAGUGCCAACCGAGUUCGUGGCCACAGUAACUCGGAAACAAAGGAACAGAAGAAAGACCGGGAUGCAAAGAAAAAGAAAGAGGAAUGGCGCGUGACACGAAUGGUUCUCAUAAUUUUCUGCUCUUUUCUCGUUUGUUACCUUCCUAUUACUAUUGUAAAGGUGGCAGACAAACAGGUCAAGUAUCCGGCUCUACACAUCCUGGGUUACAUCCUCAUCUACAGCAGCGCAUCCAUCAAUCCAGUUAUCUAUGGUGUCUUUAAUAAGCAGUAUCGACAGGCUUACAAAACAGUUUUAUUGUGUCGGCGUCCUCGCAGUCUCAGUGUUACUGCAAAUGCUUCUAACCCUAAUAAACACACAACUACUCACUUCACCGCCGUUUCCAAUGUCUCUCAGAGUACCAAAGACGAUCCGGUAUUCGUUGAUGAACCAGUGUAAGGUUUUGUAUAUUUUUUAAAGGUUUGUAUUUGCUAUGAGUAAAUGUCUCUCAAAGUACCACAGAACGUUCAGUAUUUGUUGAGGAACGACUAACGACUGUAAGGUUUUGUUUUUCAGAAGGACUGUAUUGACCGCGGGAAAAUGUUUCUCUUCUACUAAAAAUGUGUUUUCAUUGUUUGUCAGAGUUCCAGUCAGGAUUCAGUUUUUAAUGAUAAAACAUACGGUAUGAAAAUGGUUGUAAUGUACCGUUGUGUUUACCAUAAAAGUGACGCAAGCUGUCAAACAUCACGCAUUUCUUACCAAUGUUUCUCUAC